CAUCACAGACACACAAACAUCUGAACAUCAGUUACAACUGACAAAAACAAAACAUCGCUAAUAUGGGCAUUUUCUUCUCCUCAGUUUUAUCUCGUCUGUUUAAGAAUAAAGAGGUUCGAUUGCUUAUGAUGGGUCUGGAUGCAGCAGGAAAGACCACAGUCCUCUACAAACUCAAAGUUGGUGAAGUUGUCACAACCAUUCCAACUAUUGGUUUUAAUGUGGAGACAGUUGUGUAUAAAAACAUCUCCUUCACUGUUUGGGAUGUUGCCGGUCAAUCUGUAAUGCGAGGUCUCUGGAGACAUUACUUAUCAAACACUGAGGGUUUGAUCUUUGUGGUGAACAGCAGUGAUCUUGAGAGAAUUGAGACAGCAGCAGCAGAACUCAAUAUGAUGAUCGGAAAAGAAGAAGAUGAUAGUAAGCGAACCAGGAUUAAAACUACACACGAGGACGGCGGCGGUACCGAGCAGGUGCAGCAUGCUACCGGCACUGGUCAGAUUCAGAGGGAGAGGAGGACAGUGCUUGCAGCGGAGAAGUUGGGACAUCUGGCGACAGAUGUCGCUUUGCUUAUACUUGCUAACAAGCAGGAUUUACCCAAAGCCAUGGCGAGUCAUGAGCUGGCACAAAGAUUGGGUUUAUGUGCACUCACAGAUAGACAGUGGUACGUUCAGCCAACCUGUGCAGUUAAAGGAUCAGGUUUAUAUGAAGGACUGGAUUGGCUUUCUGAUAAGCUAACCAAAAGAUAA